CGGAUAAAGCAGCAAGAAGCUGCUGAUUUUGGGAGUUUCGGAGGUCGCUCAGCAUGAUGGAUUCUUUGCUGGCUUCCGCCAGCCGCUCUGAGGAUGAGGACUCGUCCGCAGGCAAUAAAAGGAGUCUGCCUCAGGGAUCUGGGCUCGUACCCAAAAGAAGGAGCUCAUCCAGGUUUAUUAAGCGGAAGAAAUUUGAUGAUGAGUUAGUGGAGAGUAGCCUUGCCAAAUCAACCAGUCGUGCCCGUGGUCCCAGUGGAGGGGAACCAGGACGGUAUUCUGGCAGUGAGCCUUCCUCAAGUGAGAAAAAGAAGCAAGUUUGUAAAGCAAUUACAACUCCAGCUCCACCAUCUCCUGCACCAAGUCCCAGUAUCGCUAAACGCAUCAAGAAAAGCAAACAGCCCCUGCAGGUAACCAAGGAUCUAGGAAGAUGGAAACCUGCUGAUGACCUGCUUCUUAUUAACACAGUUUUACAGACAAAUGAUCUGCAUGCUGUACACCUUGGGGUUAAAUUCAGUUGUCGCUUCACUCUUAAUGAGAUUCAAGAACGGUGGUACGCAUUGCUGUAUGACCCUGUCAUUUCUAAGCUGGCAUGUCAGGCUAUCCGGCAACUGCACCCUGAAGUCAUUGCAGCCAUACAGAGCAGGGUUUUGUUCAGUAAAGCUGAAGAACAGCUAUUAAGCACAGUUAGCUCGGCCUCUCAGCCUACACUGGACACAUUUCAAGACUUGCUGAACAAGCAUCCAGAAGUGUUUUAUAUGUCACGUACCGCUAAAUCUCUUCAAGUCCAUUGGCAGCUUAUGAAACAAUACUACUUACUAGAGGACCAAACAGUUCAGCCACUUCCUAAAGGGGAUCAAGUUUUAAAUUUUUCUGAUGCGGAAGACAUGCUAGAUGACAGUAAGCUCAGAGAAACCAGAGAUGAAGUUCUUGAACAUGAGUUGACCGUUGCUGAUCGCCGCCAGAAAAGGGAGAUCCGCCAGCUAGAGCAAGAACUGAAUCGGUGGCAAGUUUUAGUGGACAGCAUCACAGGAAUGAGUUCCCCUGACUUUGACACACAGACAUUGGCUGUACUACGUGGGCGCAUGGUGCGCUAUCUGAUGAGAUCUCGAGAGAUCACUCUUGGUAGAGCCACAAAAGACAAUCAAAUUGAUGUGGAUUUGUCUCUGGAGGGGCCGGCAUGGAAAAUUUCAAGAAAACAAGGUGUCAUCAAACUAAAAAACAACGGAGACUUCUUCAUAGCCAAUGAGGGUCGGCGAGCUAUUUAUAUUGAUGGAAGACCAGUGCUGCCAGGGAGCAAGUGGAAGCUCAGUCAUAACUCUGUUGUAGAGAUAUCCGGUCUCCGCUUUGUGUUCCUUAUCAAUCAGGACCUGAUCUCUCUGAUCAAAGCUGAAGCUGCAAAAGUCAUCCAGCCAUGACUGAAGCAACAUGUUAAUAUACUAAAGCUGAACUCUUCCUCUGUCCCUCCCUCAGCUUCAAGAGACAUUUUGGCUUUCUUUGGCUAAAUAUUUGUGUCAAGGCAAAAGGAGCAUUUUUAUACUACUGAGGGGCAAUCCCUCUUGGAUUUGACACACUUUGCUGGUUGAAUGCUGUUUGGUGGAAUUGUGCAUACCAAGACUUUUUUUUUUUUUUUUUUUUUUGUAAAGUCAUUUGCUUUACAACACAAACCAGCAACACACAGUUUCAGGUUUAAAAUAAACGCCAAACCAACACAAGACAUUUGUGUAUUAAAUAUGACUGUAUUUGUGACUGAUGCCUUUAAACCAAAGUUUUCAGUGGUACAUUGAGCAUACUGCAAUGCACUGUGCAAUUUUUUUCCCUGUUAUUUAUUUUUAAACACUUGGGCUCUUUGCACACAGGGGAGGUUUGUUGCCCACGUUAAAAUCUGUGCUACCACGAGCGACAAAUCUCCCCAAAAUGCUUUCCCAUCUGCAAAAAAUUAAAUCGCCGGUGGGAAAGCAUAUGCAGCACUUUGUUUUCCAAAGGUGCCCAAAGAGUCCUUGUGAGGACAAACCUCCCCAUGUGCUAUUAGCUUUAAUGUUUGAAAAUACUUUAGUAGCUGUAUUAAGUGCAUUCUUGGUAAUGUGACGCAUCUUACUCUCUGUACAGCUCUGACCAGCUAUUUUUCCUGGAAAAAGAAAAAAUCGGUUGUGCUAUCCAAAAUAGAAUCUAUAAUAAAGUAAACUUGGAGUGCGUA